CUCUUCUUUUCAGGCACUUAAUGUUUCGUUAUAAUGCGUCAUAUUUUCGUUACUUUGAUUGGCCAACAACAUUGCUGAUUUUGAAUGAAAUGCGGAAAUGCUUAUUUGUUAUAUUUUGGGGUGGAUUAUAAAUUUAUGUGUCGUUUCGUCAUUAUCUUGUUAUCAAUGCAACUCAUCGCAUCAUUCUAAUUGUUUAGAACACUUAACUGAUCCAGGCAAACAUUCACUUCAACCAACCCCUUGUACAACUUAUGGAGCACGAUUUUGUAUUAAAACUACUGGAAUCUACGGAGCUGUUAUGGGUAUAACACGUUUUUGUAGCGCAUGGGAUAUGGGUAAUGAAUGUCAAUUUUUAGAUUUCCCCGAUCAUGAUCGAAUAUAUCGUGCAUGUGUUAUGACUUGUUCAAAAGAUGCAUGUAAUUUAAGUAGAAGAAUGAUGAUAUCAUUAUAUUCUAUGAUGAUAAUCUUGUACAUAGUCAUAUAUUUCUAUUUUAAUACAAUUUGUUAAAGAUCUUAGUUUAUGAAUGAAUGUCACUUUUAUAUUCUUUAGUUUAUAAGAUAUCUGCAAUGAUGAUCAAUGUAAAAUAAUAUAACUUAUUAAACAUUGACUGUAGUUCUGUAGUAUCUUACCCUUUUUUUUGUUCGAAAGAUAAUGAAUCAUGAAAGAACUUCACAAUUGAAGAGAUGUUAUGGCCGAAAGUCGUCAGUCAGAAGCAGCGAAUUAUCGACCGGAUCAAUGAUGUAUCAAACCUGUACGAGCAGUGUAGAGUACUUAUCGAUCUUGCUUCCUGUUUAGCCCUGCCUACCUGUUGAGUCUAGAACACCAACUUCAGCCUCUGCAAUAUGAAACAUUAUAUUUCAAACAUACUCUGUUUAUAUUACCAACCAAACAGACCACAUCGUACCAUAUCAUAGAAAACAACAUUUGUACAAGGAUUAGCCAGAUGUGUCUGUGAAUGAAGGAGGUAGUAAUCAAUAUACUGGGUAUAACUCAAAAAUGCUAAAAUGUAUAAUAAUAGUUUAUGGAUUAAUACAAAGCUUAUAAUAAGAGGAGUAUGAAUAUGUAUAGUUUAGUUACUUUAUAAUUAUACAAUAGAAAUGUACGUUUAGUGAUGGUCCAUCAAUAGAUCCCAAAAGUUACCAUUGACUGUUCUUGUCGGGACAUAACAAGAGAAUAGUUAUCAAUUUAAUAUCAGAAGGGGAUUUUUUUGUGUGGAUAUUAUAGUGAUUUUAACAGUUGAGAACAAGAGUUCAUUGAAGCUAGAUCAUCAUGAAAGAACCUGAAAGCACUAGACGACUGUUUCAUCCUACUGUGGGACUCCUCUGUGGCUGUGUGCAUCCAUGAUGCACGCCUC